AUGGGAGAAAAUGGCGAAAAAGAAAAAAAAUGUGUGAUACAAAUCAAAAACAAAGACGACCUCUGUUUAGCAAGAGCCAUAGUCACGAUGAAAGAAAGAGCAGAUGAGGGGUUCCAUUACCAUAAUCUGAGACAAGGAAAACCCAUUCAUGAACGGUGGGCGCGUCUUCUGCAUCAAGAAGCAGGUGUUUCCGAAGGCCCCUGUGGUUAUGAGGAAUUAGAAAAAUUCCAAGUUUAUCUCGGACCACAAGGGUACAAAUUCAUCGUGGUAGAAUCUAGCAAAUGUUUAGUGGUCUUCAAGGACCCCACCUAUAAUGAAGCACCUCAUGUGAUUGGUCUCGUCAAGUAUAAUGGACACUAUGACGGGCUUUCAAGUAUUCCUGCCCUCAUGAACAGAUCCUAUUAUUGCCUCCAUUGUGAUAGAGGCUAUGAUAGAGAAGAGGCGCCUCACCAUAACUGCGAAGGCCCAAAUUGCUCUGCCUGUUGCCGUCAAAAUAAAACCUGUCCAAACUUUGCUAUCCGGGUGAAACCUACCAUCCACUGUCCGGAUUGCAAUUGUAUGUUUUAUGGGCAAGAUUGUUUUCAAGCGCAUAAAACCAAAGGAAAGAAAAAAGGAGACGAGAGUAUUUGUGACAGAUGGAAGAAAUACCCCCUCUGCUGCGCUAUAUAUCCUGUCAACCCCAAAAACCUCACAAAUGUUACCAUGUGACCUGUAGAAACUGUGGAGAAUUUACGCAUGUCGCUCACCGUUGCUACAUUCAGCCCAUUUACGAUGACCCUCCACAGCCAGAAUAGGACACCUUUGAGGACCCUAUGCAGUUUCAAUUUGAUGAUGAUGAGGAUGACGAUGAUAAGAAAGGCCCCCCACCCCCUCCCCUCCUGAAUUUUGCGGAUAUUGAAUGUGCACUCUCUGAAGAUCGUGUUUUUCAACCGAACCCAAUCUGCUGGUCUAGUGAAAAGGAUGAAGAGAUUACUCAUGCGAGAACCAUUGACGAAUUUUUAGAAGCCUGUAAGGCAAUGACAGAAGUUGAAGACAAUGAACGACCCAGAAAAGUCAUCACCUUUUUUCAUAAUCUCAGAGGCUUUGAUGGGAACUUUAUUCUGGAAGCACUCUAUUAUCAAGGCCGUGCUGUAGAGAAUCCCUUAACCCAGGGGGCCAAAAUUUUGUAUUUUGAAAGCGGUGACCUUAUUUUUAAAGAUUGCCUCAAUUUCUUCGCCAUGCCCUUGGAACGAUUUCCCGCUACAUUUAAUCUCACAGAGCUUCUCAAGGGGUACUUCCCGCAUGCCUUCAAUCGCGCAGAAAAUUUUAAUUAUGCAGGAAAUUACCCACUCAUGUCUGAAUAGGAUCCAGACAGUAUGGACAGCAAGAAAAGAGAAAAGUUUAUGACGUGGUACAGGCAGAAAGUCGCCGAGAAUGCAGUGUUUGAUUUUCAAGAAGAGCUCUUAAAAUAUUGCGACAGCGAUGUCAAGCUACUCAAGGAAGGUUGCCUUAAAUUCGUGAGAGAAUUUAAAGGGAUCGCAGGCUUUAACCCCCUGAUUCAAUCCGUGACGAUCGCCUCAGCGUGCAACUACUUCCGGCGCGAGGAAAAACUGGAAGAAGACCUCAUUGCCCUCGAACCUCUAGGGGGAUGGCAUGGAAAUCACAUUAACCAAAGUACCAUCGCUCUGGAAUGGCUAUAC